AUGUCUACUGCCGACAUUCCCCCCUCCAAGCGGGUCCGCUUCGACGACACCUUCGUCAAGUCCGAGCAGGAACUCAACAAGGCGACCCUGGUGAAGCUGGCCGCCGCCGCCGCCACGGGCCCACCCCCCUCGGCGACCAAAGCCGCCCCAGUCCCGCAGAAGGCACAGUCCGACUCGUCGGCCCAUUCGAAUCUCAUUUCGCCGGAGGAUCGUCCGCUCUGGGUGACCUGCGACUCGGCGGACGAGAAUGCGCCGCUGGUCUUCCUGGAAAGCUUCUCCCCUCUCUACCAGCAGGCAUGCGAUUUCCUGGUGGCUAUUGCCGAGCCGCGAACCCGGUUCCUGACCAAGAUGUCGCUCUACUCCGCGGCAUCGGUCGGCCUGGAGCCCAACAACAUUAUUGACACGCUGCAGCGCUUCUCCAAGGUCCCGGUGCCGGAGCGUGCCAUCGAGAUCAUCAAGCAGUACAUGUCGACUUAUGGCAAGGUGCGCCUGGUGAUGCGCGGCUUCCCGAUGGAGGCGACCAAGGCGCCGACCAUCCGCUUGCAGACACAUGACGGUCUGUCGACAUCCGCGUCGGCUGGCGGGUCCUCGGUGACCACUUUCGCGCCGCUGGGACUGCUCGGCGGUCCGGCAUCUGCCUUCGAGUCGAAUGACGGCCCGCCGAAGCGGGAGUUCCGCUGGUACCUGGAGACCUACGACCAGAGCAUCAGCCAGCGCAUUUGCAGCGACCCGCACCUGCAGCAGCUUGUGCGCCAGGUGAAUCCGAAAGACGUGGACGAGGCUUUGCGUCUGGCCCGCGAGGCGACCACGGCCCCGCCCGUGGCCGGGUUCCUGCUGCCAGUGCGCGGCCCCGGGGGUGACACCUUCGGUGACAAUGCCGCCAUCAAGCCGGAACCCAUGGCCGUGGGUGCCAACUCCGAGGCGAUCGUCAAGAAGGACGACCGGGCCGCCUCCUCCGGGCCUGGGGGCGACAACCCCGAUGACGAUGAGGAUGGGUCUGAUGGCGCCGGGUCCGAUGGGGACGAGGAUGAUGACGAGGACGACGAUGUCGCGCAGUCCGGCAAGUCCACGCUUCGGCGUAGCCGUCGCCGCCGCGGGCGCCUCUACAUGUUCGAGAUCUUGCAUCCGAUGCACCUGGAGCGGCCGAACAUCUUCGACUCGGAUUCCGUGUCGAUGCCGAUUCAGGGUGGCGGGUCGGCCGCCGCGGUGGCCGGCUCGCGCACGCGCAUCCAAAAGAUCAAGCAGCUGUGUGACUCGCUGAACUUCCCGGUCUUCGAGGAGUAUGCCUUCCGCGCGGAUACCGACUCCCCCACGCUGGAUAUCGACCUCAAGCAGACCACCAUCGUCCGGGACUACCAGCAGCAGUGUCUGAGUAAGAUGUUCUCUCGCGAGCGCGCUCGGUCUGGCAUUAUCGUUCUGCCUUGUGGUGCCGGCAAGACCCUCGUCGGUGUGGCGGCCGCCUCCACGAUCAAGAAAAACACCCUGGUCCUGGUUAACUCCACUCUCUCGGCCAACCAGUGGCAUGGGGAGUUCUCCAAGUGGGCGCACAUCAAGCCUCACAUCAUCGCCGGGGAGGACGCCCCAGCGCCGAUUAUCACCUAUCGCGGUGGCUCACGGCUUGAGGACUUGAAGCACCCGAGCCUUAUUUUCAUCACCACCUAUCAGACCAUCACAAAUGUCAAGUCACGCGUCAUGUCCUGGAUCGAGCGCGUUGAGUGGGGCCUCGUCAUUUUGGAUGAGGUGCACUCUGUUCCGGCCGACUCGUAUGCUCCGGCUGUGGCUCGAAUCCCCACGCACUGUAAGCUCGGCCUCACGGCCACCCUAGUGCGUGAGGAUGGCAAGAUCGACGAGAUUCUGCAGCAGGUCGGCCCAAAACUUUACGAGGCCAACUGGAUGGUUCUCUCGCGGCAGGGCCACAUUGCGCGAGUCAUUUGCGCGGAGGUCCGGUGUCCCCUGACGCCGGCCUUCUGGCGCGAGUACAGCCGCGAGGGCCAGCCCCUCAACAUUCGCACCAACUUGCUGAUGUUGAACCCGGUCAAGUUGCUGGUUCUCCAGGCGCUGCUGCUGCGACACCACGACAAGAAGACCACCGUCUUCGUGGACCGCAUUGAGCCGCUGGAGCGCUACGCCGAGCACUUCCAGGCGCUGGUCAUCCAGGGCAAGACGCAGCUGGCCGAGCGCGAGCGCAAUCUCCAGCUCUUCCGCGAGGAUGAGAAUCGUCGAGUGCUGUUCCUCAGUCAAAUUGGUGACACAUCGCUGGACAUCCCGGAGGCCAGCUGCCUGAUCGAGGUGUCGGCCCCGUCCGGCUCUCGUCGACAGGAGGCCCAGCGACUGGGACGCAUCCUCCGGGCCAAGAACCGCAAUGACGAGGGCUUCAAUGCCUUCUUCUACACGCUGAUUGCCGACGGCACUGAUGAUGUGACGCAUGCCUCCAAGCGCCAGCAGUACCUCCUGGAUCAGGGAUACGCGUACAAGGUGGUCCAGGCGGAAAAGAUCUUCUCCACCAUGAGCCCCGACGAGCGGUCCCGCUUCCGGAGCAUGACUCCCGACGACCAGGACAAGCUCCUGGACAUUGUCCGGAACAUGGAGCCCCGCUCCUAG